AUGGAAGAAAUAUGGGAAUACGAUCAAGAGGUGCCUAAUUUUUUCCACAAUAACGGCGGUUGCAAGUAUUGUGCAACAGCAACUGUGAAUCCUAUUCGUGGAAAAAAUGGGGGAUAUGAUGAUAUUGGGAGAGAAAAUGCCGUUCAUGGACAAUUUUAUUUCAACACUUAUGGUGGUGUUGAUGGGUAUUGUAAUGAUAAUAAAGAUGGAGCUCAGUGCAGUCAGUCUGGAUGUGGGCAAUAG